AUGGCGGCCCCGGGCCCUCCGCAGCUCCCGUGGCUGCGGCUGGGCCCGCGGCUGCGGGCCGGGCUGGAGGUCGCGCUGCGGGUGCCCAGCCUGUUCCUCAUCGACGCCAUCUUCAACUCGUCCCCGCUGCCGGGGGGCUCCCUGUGCGCCGCGCUCCUGGGCGUGCUGCUGCGGCUGCUGGGUGUCUUUGUAUCCAGUGUUGUUCUGGUCUUACAACAGCGAGCACUUUUCAAGUUUUAUAUGAUUGCCUCGGCAUUUCUGCUGGCUGCGACUUCAGUGUUGGUGAAUUACUAUGCUUCUUUGCACAUAAACUUCUACAGUGCCUACUACACAGCUGCGUUCGGAAUUCAGAUCUUCCCUCAUAAAGGACCGUCGCUGUGGAUGGCACUGUCCAUCCUUCAGCUUACCUUUGGAAUUGGAUAUGUUACCUUGCUAAACGUGCAGUCCGUAUACUCUCAACUCAUCAUCCUGGAUAUACUGAUUCCUGUAAUUGGCUUGGUUGUUGAAUUACCUUUAAAUGUCCGGCAGAUACUAGUUUUUAUUUCAGGCCUAGUUCUGACACUAAAUACCACAGUCAUUUUAGUUACGAAAAUUAAAUGGUUCUAUUAUUCGGUGCGAUAUGUUUACCUGCUGGUGAGGCACAUGUAUCGCAUUUAUGGAUUACAGCUGUUGAUGGAAGAUACCUGGAAAAGGAUUCGGUUUCCAGCUGUACUGCGUGUCUUCUGGCUAACAAGACUUACAGCACAAGCUGUGGUAUUAACAUAUGUUGUAAAGAUGGCUGAAACUAACACAGAAGAAAAAGUCUUCUUGAUAUCAUGGGAUAACUGUUGGGAACUGAUUUGCAGCCUGAUCAUAAGUGGGUGCGACUCGACUCUAACUGUGUUAGGCAUGAGCGCUGUCAUUUCCUCAAUAGCGCAUUAUUUGGGACUUGGUAUCUUGGCCUUCAUCGGAUCAACUGAUGAGGAUGACAAAAGGCUUGGUUUUGUAGCACCCGUCUUGUUUUUCAUUUUGGCUCUGCAGACUGGUUUAAGUGGACUGAAACCAGAAGAACGAUUAGUUCGCCUGAGUCGAAACAUGUGCCUUUUGUUGACAGCAGUCCUGCAUUUUAUCCAUGGAAUGACAGACCCCGUGCUGAUGUCUCUCAGUGCCUCCCAUGUGUCAUCAUUUCGCAGACACUUCCCUGUACUGUUUGUUUCCGCUUGCCUUUUCAUCCUUCCGGUUCUGCUCAGUUACAUCCUCUGGCACCACUAUGCACUAAAUACGUGGCUUUUUGCAGUGACGGCGUUCUGUGUAGAGCUUUGCCUAAAAGUAAUAGUUUCUAUCACUGUUUAUAUAUUGUUUAUGAUUGAUGGCUAUUAUAAUGUGCUAUGGGAAAAACUUGAUGACUAUGUCUAUUAUGUUCGUUCAACUGGCAAUAUUAUUGAGUUUAUAUUUGGAGUGAUCAUGUUUGGAAAUGGAGCUUACACAAUGGUUUUUGAAUCGGGGAGCAAGAUUCGUGCUUGCAUGAUGUGUCUACAUGCAUACUUCAACAUCUACUUGCAAGCGAAGAAUGGCUGGAAGACUUUUAUAAAUCGACGGACUGCUGUUAAGAAAAUAAACUCCCUUCCAGAGGUAAAAGGAAGUCGGUUACAUGAAAUAGAUGAUGUCUGUGCAAUCUGCUAUCAUGAGUUCACCACCUCUGCUCGCAUUACUCCAUGCAACCAUUACUUUCAUGCACUUUGUCUUCGGAAGUGGCUAUACAUUCAGGACACUUGCCCGAUGUGCCAUCAGAAAGUGUAUAUUGAGGACAAGGAAAAUGCCAGUAUCUCUAACAACAAUGGGUUUGUGGCACCAAAUGAAAAUCCUGUACAAGUUGCAGAAGCAGCUGCUGAUGCUGAAAAUGAAUUAAAUGAAGAUAAUGACAGUUCUGAUAGUGAUGAGGAAGAGGAUGAGUGUGUGGCACAGCACUUGAAUGAGACUCUUAAUGUUGACUCUAACUCCCUUGGUGAUUAAGAUGUCCUUUACUAAGCCAUGAGGUAUUUGUUUAAGAUCAACUUCAACAGAAUAAAAGUAUCACUUUGUAGUUAUUGUACUUAAGCACAA